AUGGUACCUCUCAAUGUCUAUGUCAAUGCUGCCAGCGUUGCAGUAGGGGCUUAUGUUCUAUACUUUACCCUAAAGUUCCUCCUCGUCCAUCGACGACGCAGUCUUGUGAAACAAAAGCACGGCUGUCUCCCAGCUCCGAAGCUUUACCAAAAAGACCCUUUCCUUGGAACUGAUCUUGUCCUCCAGAACCGAAACGCUGGCCGAGAACAUCGCUUUCUUGAUCUGCUCAAGGCUCGCCAUGACAAAGGUGGCCUCACUUAUACUACUGACACCUACUUUCGAAGGACAAUCAACACAUGCGACCCCGAUCUUAUUCGCAAUGUUCUGGCUUUCCAGUUCAAUGAUUUUGGCAUGGGGCCCUUGCGACAGCGAAGCGCCGCUCCGCUUCUCGGGCAGGGCAUCUUCACGACGGACCAUGAGACCUGGUCACAACAGCGAGCACUAAUACGGCCCAGUUUCUAUCGUGCGAGGGUGACUAACCUUUCUAUCUACAAGAAACAUGUGGAUCGGCUCAUUGCUAUAAUCAGAGAGGAAAACUGCAAAACUGACCUCCAGCCACUCUUCGUCCGGUUGACACUUGAUACCAACAGUGAAUACUUGUUUGGAGAGUCUGUCGGUCUUCUAUCCGAUCAGCCGUUGAAACAUGUAACGAAUUUCUAUCGUGCACUUAACUAUGCCGGAGAAGCAACCAUCCAGCGCCUACGUCUCGGCAACUUGAUGUGGUUCCACCAUGACCGGGAAUUCAAAAGAUGUUGUGCUAUCGUGCAUGAAUUUGCACAACAGUUUGUAGACAAGGCUCUCGACUUCCGCCGCAGAGAAACCCUUGUGUCCCCUGACGAGAAAGACGUCGCGAGUGGAGAGCGACAAAAAUAUCUUUUCAUCGAUGAAUUGGCGAAGGCAACAGACAAUCCAACAAGACUCCGUGAUCAUAUCGUCAAUAUGCUCCUUGCUGCUGAUACAACUCCGGGUCUCCUCUCAUUUGCGUUUUAUAUGCUCUCGCGAAACGAAGUACUCUGGGAGAAGCUCCGCAAUCAUGUGCUUGAGCAUUACUGCGAACCUCUUACCUACGAGGCGCUGAUGAAUAUGACCUACUUACGACACUUUAUACAGGAGUGCCUAAGAUUGUUCCCACCAAUUGCAACCAAUAGUCGAGUGGCCCAUAAAGACACUGUUCUUCCAGUCGGUGGUGGCCCAGACGGUAAAUCGCCGUUGUUCAUAGCCAAGCAUAACGUUGUCACAUACAGCACCUAUGUCAUGCAUCGACGCAAGGAUCUGUUCGGCGAAGAUGCUGAUGAGUUUCGCCCAGAGCGUUGGGAGAAAUUGCUUCCUGGCUGGGAGUACCUUCCCUUUAAUGGCGGACCUAGAAUGUGCCCUGGUCAGAAGCUGGCUAUGACGGAGACCUCAUACACCAUUGCACGAAUUCUGACGACCUUUUCGUCAAUCGAAAGUCUCGAUAAUUCAGAGUGGCAAGAGAAGAUUACGCUGUCGCUGAAGUUGAAAAACGGAAUUCAAUGCCACCUCAUAUCAUAA